AUGUUGAACAGAAUGCCAUAUCAUGUGGGAAUAGCGGAUAGGGAACUACGACGCAUGGGCAUGGGCAUGAGGAUGGGGAUGGCGAUGAUGGAGGACAACGCAGUGGAGUUUUGGAGAAUCGGGUUACGGAAAUGCAUACCUACAAAUGCAAUUGAAUUUGCUGAAAUGAAGAAAGUACAUCUUGAAGAGUUGCCCAAUCUAAGAAGUUUUUAUUUAGGAGACAUGGUUGAAUGGCCAUUCUUAGAGAAUGUGAUUGUGAAGAACUGUCCCAACUUUAAGAAGUUUGGUUUGGGAAAGAUAAAUAAGUCACAGUUAAAGUCAGUUCUGAUGGUGGAAAAUGAAGUGCAAAUUGACAUUGACACAAAGGUUGCCCAUCUUUUUGAAUCAUCGGAUGACGAAUUGUCAAAUAUUACCAAGUAUAAUAUUGAUGACGGCGAGGAGUUGAAUGAGAAAAUCGAUAAUCUUCAACCUUCCCAUUUCACCAAACUUGAGGUGCUUCGGGCGAAAAAUUGCCAUGGACCGAUAUUACGUGAUUUUUUGUAUAUUUUGAUAAGUCGGUCACACCAACUUGAAGUCAUCAACAUUGAGCAAUGCUAUUCAUUACAUUAUUUGUUUCACACUGCUAAACCUUCUGAAGAAAGAGAUGGAGAUGGUAUAUAUUUCACACGGCUAAAGGAACUAAAAUUAACAAACAUAGAUGGGAUGGAACGAAUAUGGAGGAAUGACGGACCAGAAACUCUUGGCCUCGGAAACCUGCAAAUUUUACACAUCAAAGAUUGUCACUUUCUGACACAUAUUUUUUGUUGGUAUCCAGUGGAAAAGCUUCACCAACUAAAAGAAUUAGUCAUAGAGUCGUGUGGAGCAUUCAUUAGUGUUUUUAUUCUCAUUUUCAAUGAUGAUGGUUCAACACGUAAUUUCCCAUUACUAAGCAAGGUGAAGUUUAAAUAUCUCCCAAAGUUUACCUAUUUCUGUGACGGUCAUCUCGAAUUCCCAAGUCUCAAGUAUUUGACCAUAGAAAGAUGUCCAUUGUUGACAAAAUUCACAACUGGACAUGCAAUUUCCAUAAUUGAUGGCAAGUCUUUCCCUGAAUUGAAUGAGAUCGUCUUUAACAAUAACGACAAUUUUGUGUGCGUCUUCUCUUUUGAGGCAUUACAAGAGUUGAAGAACUUGAAGAAAGUGUCUGUGAAUCAUUGUAAGGAAUUGAAAACAAUAUUCAAAGUUAAUGAGUCUUGUUCUACACCUCUCCUACAACAACUACAUGAACUAAUUUUAAGUCAUCUUCCAAUGUUAACUCAAAUCAUCAACAAUGAAAUUUCAAGGUUGUAUCCAAAUCUAAAAAUCCUACAAGUGAAGCAAUGUAAGUCUCUUAAUUGGCUACCAGUGCCUCUAACACUAACAAAUAUGAAAAUUUCUGAUUGUGAGGCAUUGGAGAGAAUUAUGAUCAUUGAAGAAGAAGAAGAGGGAACAAGAGAGAAGUUCAUCUUUCGGGAAUUGAAGAGUGUUUCUCUUGAAAAUCUACCGAAACUCUCCAUUGUCUUUCCUUCAAUAUUUAAAUUUCCAUCAUUAGAAACAUUAAAAAUUGCAAAUUGUUAUGCUACAAGGAGUUUUGUUGAAGAUUCUAAAGCUUUUGCAGAAUCAUCUACGACCAACUAUUUCUUCCCAAAUUCAUUGUUAUUGGACAAACUAAAGGAAUUUCAUAUGAUGAAUAUGCAUGUUGAGAAGCUCUGGCAUCAUGGUUAUCCCUCUGAGUCAUUUUGUGGAUUGGAAAAUCUAUGUUUGACCAACAACAAUAAAUUGUUGAGUGUUAUCUCCUCCAGCAUGAUCAUGAGAUUCAAGAAAUUGAGAAAAAUAACUUUGGACAAAUGUGAAUUAUUAACGGAAGUAUUUAAUUUUGAAGAUGAUGACAAUCUAGAUAAUAAUAUCCAAGAAAUACUUCCUCAACUACAGGUAAUAGCAUUGAUUGAACUAAUGCAACUGAAAUAUGUAUGGAACAAGGAACCUCAAGUUCCAUUGUGCCUGAAUUUGGAGUCACUGUACAUUGUCCACUGUGGUAGCCUCAAAAAAUUAUUCUCAGUUUCUUCUGUCAAAAAUCUUGGAAAACUUAAAAUACUUAGGCUUUGUAAUUGUGAAGAAAUAGAAGAGAUCAUUUAUAGUGAUAUAAAUGAAGAUGGAAAGGUGCCUAUCAUUUUCCCCCAACUAGAAUGUCUUGUACUCAAGGAUCUUCCAAAGUUGGUCAAUUUUUAUAAGAAAAGUAUAACUUUGAAUUGGCCUGAGUUGAAGACGGUGAGGGUGAUCAAUAUUCCAAAUAUGAAAACAUUUUCAAAUGGAACCGUCGUGACACCGUUUUUAAGAUCAAUUUAUGUAACAUUUGUGAAGAAAGUUUGGCUCGGAAGUUUGAACCACUCCAUAUCAUAUAUGCACCACAAUUCAGAAUUAAUUAAAAUGCAUAAAACCAAGGAGGAAGGGAGUGAAGUAGAAAAAGGCAAAGAGAUUGAUCAACAUGCAACUUCAUAUUUUGUUUAG